AUGAGCUCUAACCUCGAUGACUUUGAAGACUUAGACGACUAUCUGGAAGAUCCAUCUAAGCUAGAUGAAGAGGCAGAGAUGAGAGAAAGUGAUGUAGGUAACGUUAAACCAAAAAACAACGAUGAUCCCGAGGUAACUGAGAUGAUUGACGAUUUGCAAAGCGAGUUUGCCAAAUUAAUGAAAGAAGAUGGUGGAGAAGCUAACAAAGAGACUGUGGAGAGUUUUAAGCAGUUAUUGGGUACUUUGACAGAGGCCGGUAGUAGCGAAGGCACAUCGCAGGGCUCGCAGAUACCAAGACCUUCUGGAUUUAAGGAUAUUGUAUCAAACACCCUUGAUAGGCUGAAAGAAAACAGCAAUAAAGUGGACACUAAUCUGGUCGAGGAAAAGAAGAGGCAGAAUACGGAUGACAUCCUGUCGCAACUGCUUGAUCAGCUCGUAGAUGGCACCGAUGAAGAUGGGGAGGGUGUGGACAAUGCCAUUCUAAACAUGCUAAAUCAAAUGUCAUCUAAGGAAGUUUUGUACCAGCCGAUGAAGGACAUGCACACUGAAUAUACUGCGUGGAUGGAUGAAAACAGAGAUAAUGAAGAGCAUGCGGAUAAGAUAGAUAUCUACAAGCAACAGUACGGUCUAGUCGAACGCAUUGUGGCCAUAUACGAAAAACCGGACUAUUCAAACGAGAAGUAUCGUGAGGAAAUUGCUACUUUAUUGGACGAUCUUGAGAAGUUGGGGGAUUCACCUGUUAACAAGGGCUUUGGCAACCAAGAUGCUGCUGGUGACGAUGUCGAAAACCUUGCGAAAAUGCUCGAAAUAGACGGCGAUGAAAAUAUAGGUGACAUUGACAAAGAGCUCCAAGACACAUGCAAACAGCAGUGA